AUGAAGCUUCGUGAGAAUCGGGCGGAUAACAGGUGCGUUUUCCUCGCCUUGGCCAAUGUCGUGAAAGCCGGAGAGCUACUAUCCUUGUUCUCGUUUUCCUUACUACCACACCCCUUUCUUUUGAAUCCAUCCAGUCCAGUCCGGUUGAGGGGAUCAUGGACCCGCCUCACUCCCAAUACAAUGAGCCCACCUACUCAUACGGACAGCAAAGGAAGGGAUCUCACGUCUUGUCUAGGGUUCCAGCGUUAUCAGCCUCUUCCCGAUCACCGGGCAGGUUGGAGUCUGGGACCAUGCAUUAGGCAUCCGCAAUCGACUUCCUUUCCGUUCUCCCCUUCUCUCUUUUUUUUUCCCAUACUCUUAAAUGCAACCGAUAUCUGGUUAACAUUGGCAUUCAGAAAAAGCACGCAAAACACCCUGAACAUCUGGCGGAUCAAGUCCGAAAGAAAAGAGCGCCUUUCAAACGUCUUGUCUAUACUUAAUUUCCUGUCGUUUCUACCAAUGUGUCAAAAGGCCUUUUACAUCCACGUCUGUGGCCACCGAAGCUGGGGCCCACUUAAUCGCUGCGAAAACCGCUACGUCUGCCCCCCAGAGACUACAGGCUACUAUCCCGUCUACCUCACCAGCCCAUGUCGAUUCUGUCGAACAUCCACCCGUCGAGGAAGGGAUGCUGGACGUGGUCGGGGGCGAGGGCGAGCAGCUCCUAAUUCCCAGGCACAAAAUACUUCGUCGCCAGUCUCUCCAUCUCGCUUGACUGCGGGUUAUCCACCUCCACAUGGCGAUGGGGAACCAAGUGCUCCACCGUCAGAAAAGGCCAGCCUUCCCAAGAUGCCUUAA